CAUGAGUCUCUGCGGUGGGCGGGGCGCACUACGAGUCCCAGUGGUCUCCGCGGCAGGAGAAGGACGAGGCGUCGCCGCCGGCCGCGGGGAGGCGGAGUGGAGCUGAGUUAGCGUCGCAGACCGGCCGCUGUGGGCUGAGGCCCGCGUUCGCGGCGCCCUCUAGCGCGUCCUUUCCACUCAGCGGCCACUCGGGUUCCGUAAGAUUUGUUUAACUUCUGAGGAAAAAAAAAAAAACCCAACAAGCUAACUGAGUGGUCAGUAGCAGCUCAAUGGACCCGGCCCUGGAGAGCAGUGAGUUUGUGAACAGAGUGUGGGUCCAGUGUGAGAAUGAAGGCUGCUUGAAAUGGAGGAUGCUGUCUGCUGAGGCUGCAGCCAGGGUGGAGCACAGUGAACCCUGGUACUGCUUCAUGAACACUGACUCCAGCUACAACAGCUGCUCGGUUUCUGAGGAGGAUUUUCCUGCAGAGUCUCAGUUCCUGGAAAGCGGGUAUAAGAUCGUCUAUUCACAGCUUCCUCUUGGAAGCCUGGUGUUGGUAAAAUUACAGAAUUGGCCAAGUUGGCCAGGAAUACUUUGUCCUGAUCCUUUCAAAGGGAAAUAUGUGACCUAUGACCAGGAUGGAAAUGUUGAAAAGUAUCACAUAGAAUUUCUGGGUGACCCCCACUCAACAGCAUGGAUAAGUGCAACAUUUGUUGGACAUUACAGUCUCACAUUAAAGACGGCAGAAUGUACACAUAGGAAGAGGUGGUAUAGAAGUGCCCUUGAGGAGGCGGACCAGCUCUACAGGCGUUCUCCUGAGCAAAGACUAGAGGUGUGCUGCCGAUCAAAACGGGAUAGAGCCAAAGCAGGUGCUAAAGCUGCUGUGGUGGCCAAGAAAAGGAUGCAAGUUUCCAAAAAUAAUACUGAAAAAUAUUAUUUCAAAAAUAAUAAGAAAAAGCCCAAGGUUAGAAAGAGGAAAAGGAAUGCUGCUUUAAAAUGUUCUGUUGAAAAUGUUUGUUCUGAUGAAGCCUUAUCAAAGGAAAACAUGGUUGUGUCUGAGACGGAAUGUUUACUGAAAGAGCUGGAGAAAAUGCUGCAGCAAGUACAAGAGCCCACAGCAAGAGCUGAAGAGCCAGAGCGAGAACAGACCACCACAUCUACUCUUACUCCUCAAGAAUGUGUUCAAGUUACUCUGAUCCAACUUCUACAUAUAUUCUACAUGACACUGAAUCCUGUCUGGAUUAUGAAGAGCACAAAGAUCAGGGAAUUGGGACGAGUCCAGUGAAAGAUCCCAGUGACAGCAUCAGACAAGGAAGGAAGCUUCUGCUUGCAUCCUCUUUACUGACAUCCCUUUUGUUCAAAUCAAGUCACAAAGCUCAUACCAGUCAGAUGGAAACAUGCCACCAAAGAGCAUGGAUACAGAUGUAGGUAGACCACCUGACACUCAGCUCAUUAAAGAAGAUACUGUUUCAAUAUGAAAAUGAAAGUCACUUGCAGUCUUAUGAACAGUAGAUAAAUUGAUGUUGAUAUUUGAAAAAUCCUUGCAAACUUAAUUUCAAGUAAAUAUUUAUUUUUAAAAAACAUUUAUGAAUUGAUAGCCAAAUAAAGAUCUCCAUUGCCUUUUCUUUUGCUUCCUAGUUGUUAAUGUGAAUAUUUGCAUACUAUAAAAUUAUCCUGCAACAUGAUUUUACUUAUUGCUUGGUAUUUUAUUCUACUUAUAUUCACACAAUGAAUUAACCUCUUAGUGGAAAUUCAAAUUAUUUCUAUGUUUUCACAAUUAUAAACCACUUUGCACAAAAAUCUGCCAUUCAAUCCUUGCAUUCAUCUAUACAGUUUUCCUAGUCUUUCUUGGAAGAGCAAUUGAUGGGCCAGUACCAAUGUACAAUUUUAGUGUUAUUUGUGUCCACCAGUGUUUUAUUAGCUAAAUCAGAUGUGCAUGGGUUCAUCUGUUUCUGAACAAAGUGAUUACUUAUGAGGUGGGUGGAGGUUUUGUUGUUGUUGCUAAUUCCCUAAAGAGUGGUCAAAAUGAACCAAAAUGAGUAUCAGCAUAGCUCAGAGAAAAAUACAUGAUAUAAGAUUAGUAUGUUAGAUGGUCAACAGGGAUGAAAUGAAAUAUUAGCAGAAAUGAUAUGUCUCUUGUUUUAGUUCUGACAUGCAUUUUCAGUAAGUCAUUGUGAAAAAAUAUUAGUGGAGAUUCAUUGCUCUGUGAAACAUUUUGAUGAAAUGAUUGAAUUUUGUAAUCUUUCCAUUUGAGUGUAUGUGGUGAUAUUUUGUGUACCCUAGUAAACUUGCCUGAGGAUCAGAGGACAGAGCUAGCCACUAGAUUAGACA